GAUGCCUUCCUCAGUGCCCUGAAGGAGGCAGGAGACAAGCUGGUGGUAGUAGACUUCACAGCCUCCUGGUGCGGCCCCUGCAAGAACAUCGCACCCUUCUUCAAAGUGAGUGGUCCAACACUCAAUAUCUCUAGCUUAGUAGCUUAGCUGUAUCAUUACACACGCAGGAAAAUUCUUCCGAUUAGGUUCUGAAUGCAUGUUCUAGGGCCUGCCUGUAUUCAUAAAGCGUCUUAGACUUGGAGUGCUGAUCUAGGAUCAGUUCUCCCUUUUAGAUCAUAAUCAAGAUGAGUACAAGGACAGGGUGGAUCUGAUAGUAGAUCAGCUCUCCCACUGAGACGCUUUAUGAAUACAGGCCCAGCUGUGCCUAGUCUAGUUAAGAUUCACCCUGGUAGCUGUCAGAUGGUCUCCUGUGAGAGGCCUCAUGUAAAGUGGGGAGUCUGAAGGGGUUGGUCUGAGCCAGAGAUAUUAUGGAGGAAAAAAACCUGAGUGCAUCCCAAAUGCCACCCCAUUCCCUACAUAGCAUACUACUUUUGUCCAUGGCUCUGGUAAAAAGUAGUGCCCUAUAAAGGGAAUAGGGUGGCAUUUGGGACGUAGCCCGUCUUCGACUGAGCCCUGUUGUGGUGGCUGUGUCGUCUUGGCGACCAUCGGGGAAGCCUCCUCUAGGACUUGGCACCUUGCACUUAUCAAGUGAAGGGCCCUUAAUAUAGACUGUAAACAGAAUGCUAAUGAACAAUGCUGAGAUGAUCAAUCAUAAGCCCACUGAGGCAGAGCAGGGUUGUGUAAAGUAGGGCCUUGCCGUAAAAAAACGUUUUCAAACGGAAAACUGGGGGCAAUACUCGUAUUACAUAGCAUUCUAGUGGAGAUGAUGUGAAUCAAAACCAAUGGUGUUUGUCCUCCAUCAAUACCCCUUGUAUGGUAUGUCUCUAUCUAUAAGGACAGUACUGGGUCAAUAAUAGACUGGUGGAUACAUGAGCUGCUGUGCUCAGAUUAGUGUUGCAAAAUUCCCAAGGUUUCCAGUAAUCCUGUUUGGAGGAUUCUGGAAUUCCUGCUUAUACCCCCCCCCCCCCCCCCCAUUGGGGCUGUUUUGCUGACAUUUGACCUUUAACCUGUGCUCUCUGCUCCUCCUACAGGGGCUGUCGGAAAAACCAGAGAACAAGAACGUGGUAUUCCUCAAGGUGGACGUGGACGAGGCAGCGGUGAGUCACACAGCCGUGUGUGUGUAUGUUCCACAAACAUUGAACAAUUGUUAAUUGUUUUUCUCAUUGAAAGUGCUUGGGCAUUAUGUACUGAAUGUUGACGUGAUGUAGUGGGACGGUUAUCAGAUUCUCUGUGAAUUAGUACACAGUCCAGUUGGUGUAUUUGAAUACAGAUAUCCCUUUGUAGAGAUAGAUGACUCGCCUCAAAUGUAUGUAGAUCUAUUGGGAAACCCCACGAGGCGAUCUCUUGAAGUACAAGAGUUGAGAGAAUUCUUCGGUUAGGAAAGCAGGGUCAGUAGAAGAGAUGGCCUCGUGGGGUUCAGGUGAAAGGUUACUGUCCAAUUGUGUGACGUUGUUGCAUUGAGCUGGGGUUGCUGUGGCUACGGGAAGUGGCUUUGUGUUGGGUAUUUGUUUACAGUCCAGACACUGGUUGAACACCUCAGUCAGUCAUUAUCUCAGCUGUCUGUGUUGAGUCAUAUUGUAUGAAAUCAUAUAGCCUACUGUGUGUGUGGGGCCGGGUUUCCACAGAGGUGGGGUUUUCCAAGACCUACUCUUCUGCUUUGCCCUUGUAUAUUAUUACAGCAGGCUUGAGGCAUUUUGCCCAGUCAGUUAGACAGGACAGGUUUGUCCUAACAAAGGCCUUCCUUACUGGGUGUUACUCAACCACAUGGAUGUGAUUUUUAUAGAGGGAGCUUGUUUCUUUACACUACUACUGUACAUUUUUAGCAUGGCUCCUAAUACCCAUGGAAAAAUAGUUUUAAAAACGCAUAACAGGGAUUUGAGAGGAAUGGGAGAUAGAGGACUACAGCAGUGCUGAGGCAGAGGGCUCGUAGUGAGGACAACUGGCUACUAUUCUGAACUUUGUGUGGUGAGCUUUCUGGUACCCAGAGCUACGGAGGCAUCACCCAAGUGGGUGCUACACAGAGUGGAAGAGAAGUCCAGUGUCUAUAAGAGUCAGGCUGGUUCUCAGACUUGCCCUCUACAAGAUCAUCAGCAGACUCCAUCAUCUAGCAUCCUCUAACCAGCUCUCUCCACUUAAGACAUGAACUGACUUCUCCAUCUUCGGAGGAUGCAGCUUUCAAAGACUUGGUCUCUAUUGGUUGACCUGUCAUGAUAUAUUGCUUGUUUUGUUUUAGGCUCUUGAAGCGCUUUGAGAUUCUAUGAAAAGCGCUAUAGAAAUGUAAUUUAAUAUUAUAAGGGUCUGAGUUUUAAUCACCAUUCACUCUGCCUCUCCUUCUGUAGGAUGUGGCCCAACACUGUGACAUCAAAUGCAUGCCAACGUUCCAUUUCUACAAGAAUGAGAAAAAGGUGGGUCUUUUCUUGUAAUGAAUCUUUUCCUUUUCAUUAAUAAUAUUAAAAGGGGGUAACUCCAUUUUAAUUGAUGGUCUCUUUAAUUGAUUUACCUCUCGGGCCAAAUACGGUAUUAUAUUUAGUAUAAAAGGUGGCUAUACUGCUAUACUAGCCUAUGUUUUUCACCAUUAUUGUAGUACGUUGAAAGUGAUCUUAGAAUUCCUUGUGGUGUCGUUCCCAGGUGGAUGAUUUCUCCGGGUCCAACGAAGUCAAACUGGAGGAGAAGGUCAACACUCUGAGGUCAUGA